AUGUAUGAAUUCUACAGGCAGCUGAUGGUUGGAAAGGUCCUUGAAAAGAUAGUAGACGAGAAGGUGAAUGCCAAUGUGCUAAGCCCGAACCAAGGAAAACACAUUCUCGAGACGUUUGAUCUGAGUGUCCCUAUUGUUUUCAACAAGUCUGUAACCAACUCAAUGAGCUUCAAGGGGAAGGUGGACUUUUACAACCAUGUUGACGGGGUGUGGAGAUUUCAGACGACGGGGUUUGUAAUGUCCUUGAAUAACGAAUACUUCAAUGCUGGGGAGGUUAACAUCGUUGCAUGUGACGCAGACAUCAACAUGGAUGCAGGAAGAAGAAGAAGAAAGAGAGGAUGA